AUGUCUGACCACAGCAACCUUCACUCAGCCCUGCUGACCCCUUCGGCUAUGCUGGCCUCCCAACCCGGGCUACUACCCGCGGCCGAGGUAUACCCCGCGACCCAGAUUUUCUCAUCAACCUCCCCCUUCCUUCCAGUUUACGUCCAGAAACCAGCAAUUCUCCCAUGUGACCGACCGGAGCCUAUCCCCAUUGACCAAUACCGAUUCGACACCCUCUCACUCUACAACCCCAACGAUCGCCGGUCACCCGCCGAGCAAUGGCGAAUGCUACCCCGUCCCAUUGACAUCAAGCGUGGCAUGACCUAUGAGCUAACCUUCGGGAACGCCAUCAUGCUAUAUUCAUGGAUCAAGGGGGUUUCCAAGCCGGCGAGUAGAACAAACAUGUAUCACGACGCUCGGCGAAAGGAGGAGGAACUAAAGAACGGAUCCAUUACGUCCUUGAUUGCGUCAAAGUUCAACAAGAGCUUGGAGAAGGAGACUGCGAGGCUCCGUCCUAUGAUCCUUGCUGAAAUGCAAAUGAAGAACUGUUGCUUCUCGUGCCUGGUGCAUAAUAGGGGAAAGCCCUGCCAUCACCCAUACCCCCAGCGUCCGACGGAAGCGGUGAAUUGGCAGGGUGGAUUCCAAAUUGAACACGGAGAGAGACUCAACCAUUUCCAGAGAGGACAAAGCAGCAUGGCAAGAUCAGGAGCACAACAACCCACUCCACAAGCCACACCCGCCAUAAGAACAGUCGGGAGCAUGAAUGCCGUUGAAGACCGGCUGAUCACAAAUUGGAAUCGAACCGAAGGUGAUUUGCUUGCCCGGAUCUCCUCCGUUGCAUUUCAUAGCAUCAUCGCCAGCGGGGGUCAAGAAACUCGAGAUCUAGAGCAAGUAUUGUCUUGUAUCGACGACUUCGUCAUGAGAGCAAAGCACCGGUUCGAUGGGAUCCGGUCUCUUUCGUCGGCCUUUUGCACUGCCGUGCUUACCUCGAGCGGCAACACAAGAACCCCAGCCCCAAGCCCAUGCUUGAACUCACUUGGAAACAUCAAAAACUUCACAUGGGCCCUCAUAGAACGCCUAAUGAUCGGCCUUCUCAGAAUUCUGGUCCCCUUGUUCACCAUCCACCCAGACAUGGGCACAACAGAAGCGUUGCUAAUGCUUCGCAUCGAGGGGUGUAAGCGGGGUUGGAUCCCCUUCCUCACGGAGGUGUUCAGGGUUGCUUUUGGUGGGAAGGAUGGGGCUGAGUGCAGGUAUCUUUGUACUCGUGCUCAGAACCGAGGGUUGUGGGAGUUUUGGAGGAUGGUGCUGACGGGGAAUCGGUGGGCAAUUGAUGCGAUUGCGGAUCCGAGAACUGUCUCCAACGGGCUCAGUACCUCUAGCCUCAAGGUUUAUUUGAUGCCUAUGGGGUGGGAUGGAAAGGGGUGGGAAGGAUUGCGGUCUCCGCUCACCAGCGGGAAGCGUGCGUGGUUCCGGAUAGAUGGCGUCUAUCGGAUGAUCUGUGAAAUGCACAUGCAAAUCAAGACGCUCACGUUGGAAAGCCGGCGAAGAGAAAGUCAAAGGAGCCAGCAGUCGGGUGGCUCUUUUAGCAACCACAGCAACAGCAACAGCCGCCCUCCUCCUCCUCCUUGGCCCAACUCAUCUCAAAUGGGACCCAUGGCGAUCGCUGUCAACUACGGCCAACAACCACAGCAAAAUGGAACUGGCUAUGGGGGUAUGUACGCUUCGCCUCCGGGCCUUCUGUCGAACGGGCACAACUCUCAUCUCACUCCGGCCAAUGGUUACGGCCACGCAAGUGGAAGUGGAAGUCAGAAAAGACGGCGAGAGGAAGUUCAAAAACUUGUUGCAUCAGCACCCGCCGCCAAACGGGCGAAAAUCUUCCAUACUCCGGCCACCUCCCAUACUCCGGCCACCUCCCAUACUUCGGCCACCUCCCCUACUCCGGCCACCUUCCAUAAUCCGGCCACCUCCCAUACUCCGGCCACCUUCCAUACCUUCCAUCCUUCGGCCACCUUCCAUAAUCCGGCCCAUGGUUACGUUCAUGCAAGUGGAAGUGGAAGUCAGAAAAGACGUCGAGAGGAAGGCGGACAAGAAGCAUGUGCAUCAGCACCCGCCGCCAAACGGAUGAAACCCUUCCCCAAUCGAGGCUAAUAG